AUGCGGUUAUCAUCAGCCCUUCUUCUCUCAGUGGCUACGAUUGUGUUCGCCUUCCAACCUGUUACAGAAUCAGACGAGAUCGUACCAUCAGAUAAUUCACAAUGGAAGCCAUUAUCUGGGCCAGAGACGAAAAGAAGUGCCCCUCCUGCAAUGCAUAGCUUACAGUUGAGGCGGCAACCCGAUGUUGAUAACGGCCUUCAUCCUGAGAUUAGAAGCAUACAAGCCGCGAAUAGGGUGACGGAAAAGUUUAGACGAAGGGGACUUGAGGGACCGAGUGUGGAUGGGGAAGAGGUCAUCUGGCAACUAGAGCAGUCUCUAGAACGACGAGGGCUUUUAUCGAAACGACAGGGUUCAGGAAUAGUUGUCACAGAGAGUGGCCGGGCUACAGCUACGGGUGGAAUAAUACCUGCGGAAACACCAAGAACGCCUGACUCCAUGGGUGUUGGUCAAGAUGGAACCGACGUGUCCUAUUUUUCGGAAGUGAUGUUUGGUUCUGAAAACAAAACCUUUAUCUUGGUAAUUGAUACCGGAAGCUCUGAUACUUGGAUUCCCUCUAGCAAAUGCACAUCGGAAGCAUGUAAAAUACAUUCCACUUUCGGACCAGAGGACUCAGGCACGUUGAAGACCACCCAAAAGACUUUCGACAUCAAAUAUGGUAGUGGUGACGUUAUGGGCACCGUUGUUACCGACUCAGUCAAGUUUGCCGGUUUUGAAUUAUCGCUUUCAUUUGGUCUUGCGUCGGAGGUCUCAGAAGACUUUGUUAAUUUCCCUAUUGAUGGUAUUCUAGGCCUUGGGUUUAGUGAUGGGAGUCAACAGAAAGUUCCUACAAUCAUGGACGAGUUGGUGGAUAAAGGGUUAAUUAAGUCGAAGUUGUUUGGGAUUGCGUUGAGUAGGCAUGGAGACGAAGUGAAUGAUGGUGUCAUUAACUUCGGAGGUAUAGACUCUGGGCUGUUUGAGGGUGAUUUGACAUUCACACCAUCUGUCUCGGACCAGGGAUUAUGGGAGCUGAAGUUGGAUGACGUGAGUGUUGAUGGAAAUACGCUAGGACUUACUGGGAAGACUGCAAUUAUCGAUACGGGUACCUCCUUGCUUCUUGUUCCGCCUCAAGAUGCCCUGAGCAUCCACUCUAUAAUCCCAGGGGCGGUGGUUAGCGGAGAAACAUUUGCGAUUCCUUGCGACACAGAUGCCACCAUAGAAUUUACCUUCAGUGGAGUUACAUACAAGGUCAAACCUAUUGACUAUGUUGGGAAAGAGGUAGAUCUCGAUAACAUGUGCCUCUCUUUAAUCAUAUCACGUCAAAUUCUUGGAAAGGACACCUGGAUUCUGGGGGACGUAUUUCUCAAGAAUGUUUAUUCUGUGUUUGACCUGCAAAAUAAUCGGAUUGGCUUUGCACCGAGACAAAAACUAGACGAUAGCUCCGCGGAAACGUCCACAGCAACUGGCAGCACGUCCCUCGAAAGUGCCCCAGCACCAACUUCAGGAUCGUCCUCGAAUUCCAACGCGUCUCCGGGUGAUGCCACUCCGUUUGGAUCAAGUGCACCGCAAUUUACGCCUCAAUCUUUUUUCAUAUUUUUAGCACUACCUUGCAUAUUAGCCCUAACGGCUGUAUUUUUGUGA